AUGAACAUCACUGAAGAUGUAUAUCGGGUACUUGGAUAUUGCCCAGAGCAGCAACGGGUAAGACCAGGUCUUUUGGCUUCGGCAACAAUGAGUCAGAUAGAAAAUGCUUUGGCACAUCUUUUAAUCGAAAAAGGUUUCGAUUCCGCAGAAGCUUUAUCGAUUGUCUCCACCGCAAUCCAAUAUUCUGAUCAACGAACACAGCAUUCUGUGAAACAGAUCUACGAUCUGCAUUAUCUUUUUCAAACCCUCAAAGAAAACAAUGUCAAAAUUGCGCUAUGCACAUCUGAUAGCAGAAAAGGGACUUAUAUUAUGCUGAAACGUCUUAAGAUUGAUAACUUAGUCGAUUUGGUGAUCUGUGGUGACGAUAUCGGUGCGGUCCCAAAACCACAUCCUCACAAUGCUUUGUCCAUAUGUCGAGAGUUGGAUGUGGAUCCAAUUGAUACCUUGGUCGUUGGUGACACUCUGGCUGAUCUUGGAAUGGGUAGGUCAGCACACUUAGGAGGAACAGUUGGGGUGUUGUCUGGCAUAUGUAACCAAGAAGAACUCAGGCCACUUGCCGACUAUGUGAUAGCUAACGUUGGCAGUAUCCUACCGAUUGUGGAAAACAUGAGAAGACCAUCGCUGUUGUAG